UGACAGCUCCAUGUUUUACUGGCAAUCUGGGAAAAAUUAUAAUAUAUUUUGCUAAUACAUACACGCGUCCACUGAUAACUUUUUCUAAUUAAGAGAAACCUGAAGCAAUUAUCAUAUUAUUAUGUCAGGCCUUUCUUUCAUUAAGUCAACUAAAGGCAAAUUAAUACUGGCGACUGUGGCGGCAUUACAUCUAGCAGUCUACGUCGCAAAACCAUCAUUUUUCAAGGGCGAAAAAGAGAAUAAAGGUUACGACGCGCCGCCAAAGUAUCUGCCUUGAGAUCUAUGUAACCUUCAUCAACGCGGAAAUUAAUUUCACGCUCAAAUAUCUGACUAAAUCAGUGAUUCAUGAAUUAUAAAACGCUCGCCGUUUCUGUCUCUAGCUUAGUACGUAGAGGUCUGGUGAACAACUUUUCAAGAAACAUGAGCAGCGCAAGAUUUCAGGUUUACGUCACGAGGUCGGAUAUGCCAGAAUGUGGCAUAGAUUUGCUGAAAAAAGAAUGUAAUGUAAAGACAUGGAAAGAUGCAUCACCAGUACCUAGAGAAGAAUUUCUUAAAUCAAUUGCAGGCGUGGAUGCAAUAUACUGUUCCCUCAGUGACAAGAUAGAUGAGGAAGUUCUGGAUGCAGCUGGGCCACAACUUAAAGUCAUAGGCACUAUAUCUGUUGGUUACGACCAUAUCGAUUUAAAAGAGUGCAGAAAAAGGGGUGUCAAAAUUGGGUACACUCCUAAUGUUUUAACUGAUGCUACUGCUGAACUAACGAUGGCAUUAUUAUUGACCACCUCAAGACGACUGCCAGAAGCGCAGCAAGAUGCAAAAACUGGUGGAUGGGUAUCAUGGGCCCCUAAAUAUAUGACAGGGCCAGGCCUUAACGGGGCCACUGUUGGCAUGGUGGGUUAUGGCAGAAUCGGCCAAGCUGUCGCUAGACGCGUCAAGUCCUUCAACACUGCCAAAAUAUUGUAUUUUAGCCGCAGCGAACGAAUAGAGGCUUUAGAAGUUGGAGCUAUUAAAGUGAGCUUUGAUGAACUGCUCAAAGAAAGUGAUUUUGUUAUAGUCUGUGCCCCAUUGGUGCCAGAAACAAAGGAAUUGUUUAACAAAAGUGCAUUUGAAAAGAUGAAACGCAGUGCUGUUUUUGUAAACACUAGCCGUGGUGGAUUGCUUGAUCAAGAUGCUCUAAUUUAUGCUCUUGAAAAUAAUAUAAUUUGGGGUGCAGGUCUAGAUGUGACAACUCCAGAACCUUUGCCUCUGGAUAGUCCAUUAUUUAAGCUGAAGAAUUGUGUAGUUUUGCCUCACAUUGGUAGUGCAACAAUCGGUACUAGAAAUACCAUGAGUGAACUAACUGCAGCAAAUAUUCUAGCUGCUUUGCAUAAUGCUGAAAUGCCUGCUGAAUUGAAGUAGUUCUAGUCUUAAAUAUAAUUUAUUUUUCUAACAUAUAAUCAGAUGAGGAUGAUAUUAGAUUAAUAAUAUAAAAGGUGUUUG